AUGGGAUUUUUGUAUGAAAUAAUUAGUGAAGUAAAAGAAAAUUCAAACUUAUCACCUUAUAAAAACACAUUAGAAAACGCAGUAACUAAAUUAAAUGAAAAUCUUAAUAAAGGCAAAAUAGGUUUGGAGGCUGUGAUUGACCCGGUCAAGCAGGGGAUUGAGAGGUGGUUGGGGGAGGUGGAAAAAAAGAAUAAUGAAGUUAAAAAUCCAAUACUUGAAUUGUUGAAAAACGGUGACAACGAUAAUAAUAAAAUACCAAAACUAAUUGAGACAAUUAAGCGUAUGAAUGGUGUUGAGUUUAAUGAUGGUGUUGUGUCUUCUCUGUUCCAGUGGCUUGACCACGUACAGAGACUUCUUCCUCUGUGUACUAAAUCAUGUGAUGCGAUUAAAACUUUGGACAAAAAUUUAAAAUCAAAGUUAGAGCAGCACGUCAAUCGUAUCCAACAAGCCGCGGAGGGCUACAGUGAAAAUGCUGUUACCGACGUUUACGGACUUCAGAGAGUAUGCUGGAAUGUGGACAGUGAAUUUCAAUCGUUGAAUGAAAUGGUUGAUAAUAGAAUCAAUGAUAAUGAGACGGGCCUAAUGAGGUUCUUGACGAACGAAGAGAAGAGGUUGGAAGAAAGCAUACAGGAUGAGAUUCAGAAAGUUCGGAACACACUGUUCGCUCAGUUCUCAGAUAUACUGCAAAAAAUUGGCGAUCUGGAAAGUGAGAAAAAGGUACGCUUCGUAGGCAUUAGAAAAACAUUGCAUGACGCACAGAAUUUGGUGGAUAAAGAUUUCGACCCAAGUUACAGAAAACAGAUUUGUGGCUGUUUAAAUGACGUAAAAAUGCUGAUUAAAAACUUCGCCGACGAAAAGUCAACGAUUGCUACUCAAUUCAGCAUUGUUCAAUCGAAGGUCAGAGGCAUUGAGGAAGAUGUACGGAAUGGGUUAACCAAGUUGAGAACACAAAUAAGUGUACUUACAAAGCAAAUUACGGAUAGCAAGGAUACGAAUGAGAGUACAGGUCUCAUCGGUAAACAGUUGAAGGCUCUUGAAGAUGCAAAGCAAAAGCUUGCUGGUGAGACAACAAGCCCAAUAUUGUCGAAAACCGGUCAUCUUAAGAACCUAUACAGACGAUGUUUUAGAAGUCAAUUCGAGAAUCUAGCGCAAGCGCUUCAGGAUGCUAAGUUGAGUGGCUUCAAAGAUAGCUUGUCGAAACAUUCAACUUCGUUAAAUGAACAGCUUAAAAAACUGGAAAAAAUUGGUAAGAUAAGUGACCCAACAAGUCAGCAGCCAUUUACGUCACGUAAUACUCAAGAUGUCACUCAGCUAGUCGAAGAGUUGAACAAUGCCAUUAGGACGGUUACAGAUAGGUACAAAUCUGUUACCGCUCCUGGCAGCGGAGGAGUUGUAACCAACGCACGUCAACUCAAAUCUGCUGUAGAGCAAGCUGGAACUUCCAUCAACGCUCUCAGCGAAGAACUCACGCGCGCCAUCAGUGAAGCGCAUAAAUACGUUGAGUCUUCAUCCAAUGACCCCGCCUUGAAAACCGCUGUAUCAAAACUUGAAACUCUUGUUGCAUUAAAAGAUGCGGUAUACGGUAAUGGCGGCACAGCAAGUAAACCCAAACAAGACUCGCUAGCGCAGCUCAUCGAGGAUGUAGAUACUGAAAUGUCUGCAGUUAACCCCGCAAUUUAUACUUUCAGAGAUAUCGCCGAUAAUUUAAUUAGGGGAGCUGCAGAGGCAGCGGUUAAUGCAUCGCUUGAACGAUUUGAGAUGCGUAAGAAUAGUAGAACGGAUAUCGAUGUGGCAAAAAUGAUGCAGAUAUUCAACAUUUCUAAGAAUGAAAUCCAGGAGGCAGUGAACAUAAUAGACAGUGAAAUCGCUGAACUCAAAAAAGUUCCCGGAUUCGUGGAUGGUGAGAUAAAGAAAACGGAUGACAGCAUGGAACAGCUUAAAGGAAGAAUCCAUGGCGAAAUUUAUCUCAUCGGUGUCGCAGUUAGGGAAACGGAUGACGCAUUAACAGCAGGUAUAAAAUCACUCGCUGCCACGUACCAUGAAGCCUAUACGAAUGUCGAACAUGCCGUCAGUGAAUUUGUAUCUCAACUCCUAGCAGACUUACAAAACGCUCUAAUCGCGUCCAAGCAAGCUGCACAAGAGGUUCAUGAAGCUUAUAUGUCAGCCUCCGCCACCUCCCAAAACAACAUCAAGAAAUCCGCCCUCUCCCACUUCGCCAAGUCCAAGGCCUUCGCGCUCCAGAAGCUGCAGGCGUUGGUUGAGAGGGAGAAUGCGAAGAUUGGUGAGAUUAUUGCAAAGGAUUUGGAAAGCGGAUUGAAGGGGAUGAUGAAGCAGAUGAAUGGGCAAAAAGGUACGCUUGAUACAAUUAGUGGUCUUGUAACGCCUCCAGCUCCGGGUGGUAAGACUGCCGCCCAAAUAUUCCGAGAUAUUUCAACCAAUCUCAAAUCGUAUUACCAAGCAAUUCACGAUCAUAUUGACGGACAAGUCAAUCCUCAAAGCAAACUGUCACCCAAACCUCCAACCAAUCAGUCACCCACCGACCCAGCCAACCAGCUAACCAAAAUCAAAAGUGACUUCGACAAUUUACUUGGACAUCUUCAAAAAAAUACUAAAAAGUAUAAUUACGAUAAUGAAUUUGUUAAAUUGCGUGAUCACCUCACCUCCUCCCUCACCGCUCUCUCCCCCUCCGCCUUCGCCAACCCCCGGCACCCGGAGCUGCUCGAUGCGGUAAGAUCGGGGCUGCAGGGGCUUGUCAAGGAGAUGGAGCGGGUGUAUGUGAACGGGUAUGAUGAUGGAACAUUAAUCAAUUUUACGUUAAAUCCACUUGUUAAAAAUGAUGCUGGUAAAAAUUCUGGUCAAAACGAAAAAUUAACGCCUUACGGUGAAAAGCUGUCUAAGGUCUGUUUGACUGUUGUCUCUAACUUGCACAUUGCCUUUAAAGUUCUGAAGAAGUAUUGUUAUACGGAACAGAGAUUUCAGAAAAUUAACAAAAACACAGAUGUUGGAAUGUUCUUUUACCAUCAAGGCUAUGAUGUCUCCGUCAAAGAGAAGCAAAAGGGGGAGUUAGAUAAGAACGUUGCUGCCACAAAAAUCAAAAAGCUUCUGAUUAGCGACGAUUACAAGCAUAUAUACCACACAGAUAAAGACACCAAACUUGCGCUUCAGAUGCUGAACGAGCACCUUAACGAUUACUAUCAAGUCUGUCACGUCUCAACGUUUGCUGCCAAGAAGCGGCCAUGUAACGUGUUCGAAAUACUUUGUUGGCUGUCAGGGCUUCCAUGCAGUUCCGUUUAUGAAGAAGUUCUGCGUGAUGCUGUGAGUGAAUUAUUUGAGGAUCCAAAUAAACAGGUCGCAGCAGAUCUCGACGGGUUUGAGAUAACUGUUACAGACAUGAGAGAUGACUUCCUCCCAGCGCAUCCAAACAACAUGUUAUAUGAUGAUACACGGAAAGCGGUGAUGCGUUUGUGCUCAAAGUCAUAUGACGUUCUGACCAGAAUCGUCGGUUACGGAAAUGCUCAUACCAUGUACGCCGUCGACUACUGCGCCAAUUCGCUUAACUUUCACUACCCAUCCAAGGGCGAAGAUUGCCUCCAGAUGCUACUGGAUGUCCUAAGCAGGUUGUACCCGCCACUGAGAUUU